AUGUGUGCGCCGUUGGCCGCCAGUCGACAGGUCCGACCCAACCUCUCCCAGGCGGUGGUGGUAGUGGUGUGUUGCAAGGGCGGCGCAGCAACGGGGGAAAGCAGAAGCACACACACACACACGCACACACGCUCUCACUCACCAGACGACGGCAGCGUUGGAAAGAGACGACAACUCGUGGGGGCUCAUUUGAGAUCGACGCAGCCAGGAUGGCCUCCCUCCAGUCACGCGUCGGGAGCGCUAGUCCCGAUUGGGACGGGCCCAACAGCACGGAGAAUUUCCCAGGGAACCGCGCGAUGGAAUUGGACACCCCAGGAGGUGUGCGGCCGCGAGUUUUGGACGUCUCAUAAUUUAGAGAGGGAGGACUACGAGCCUGGGCGAUCCUGUACUCCCGUAUCUUCCUACACCGCGAGAAGAGAAGGCGUGGACGGACUGCAGGAGGGCACGUCCAACGCCCGCUGCCGGCGUCCGUCGACGAGGAGACGCUUCUUUGUUUACUCCCAAGUCAAGGGGCGCGUCGCUGCCGGCUCUGCUGUCUCUGUUCUGGCAGACGGCCAGCCUGACGGUGCCUUAUCAUUGGGCCUCGGAUUGUUGAUGUUUUCGUGUGGUGGACGCGAAACGCCCGCCUGCCGAUUCGAUCUGCGCGCUCUGUUGGAAUGCCCUUGCUGA